UGGUCUCUGGCUCCUUGCCCCAAACACCUUGACCUAAUUUCUCUGCCAGCUUGGAAGCCUCCUUGGCACAGGUAUGAGAUCUGGCUCGCUCAACCGGCUCGGAGCAGCUGCCUUUCCCCAGCUUGAGCUGGGCGGAGCCUGCAGCCCCGUCCGACUCGCCUCCGGGACAUAAAAGGAAAGACGGAGGCUCGCGACCUCUUUUGCUCUGCAACGGGGGGUUGCCUGCUACUUUUGCAAAAAAGAAAAAGAGGGAGUCAUCUGCAAGCAGUGGCCAUGGCUUCCUUGUUCGCGGGCGAGCUGGCCCGCAGCCCCCGCCGCCGAAGAAGCACCAGGACUUGCUGCCAAAGGUGCCUGCCAGCUUUGCCCAGCAACGAGCCAAGCAAACCCAUGGCCAAGCAAGCCUCUUUUGCCCGGUCCUUGCCCCCUGCAACUACCAUCAAGGAGGAGCUGCUGUGCCCCAUCUGCUACGAGCCCUUCAAAGACGCUGUCACCCUCCGCUGCGGGCACAACUUUUGCAAAGGCUGCGUGAGCCGCUCCUGGGAGAACCAGGCCCACCAUGUCUGCCCGGUGUGCAAGGCAGCCUGCUCCCCCGAGGAGCUCCGCACCAACCACACCCUGGCCAACAUUGUGGAGAUGUUCCUCUUGCAGGAGAAGAAACAGCAGCAGCAGCAGCAGGGUGAGGCUGGGGAGUCCUCUGCCCGCUGUCCUGUGCACGGAGAGGAAGCCAAGCUCUUCUGCCUGGAGGACAAGGAGCUGGUCUGCUUUGUGUGCCAAAGCUCCAAGCAGCAUGCAGACCACAGGAUGAAGCCCGUGGCAGAGAUGGCCAAGAACUACAGGGCCAAGUGCAAAGACAUGGAAAGCUCCCUGCAGGACAAGGUGCAGGAAUUUGGAAGAAUAAAGUCUGAUUACAGGCUCAUUGCAAACCACAACAAGGAAGAAACUGCUAGAUUGGAGAAGGAGAUUAAAAAGCAGUUUGAACAACUGCACAAGUUCCUGGAGAAUGAGGAGAAGACUAUGCUGGAAGAGUUGCGGGAGGAGGCCCAGAAGAAGCAGGACCUGAUCGAAGACAAAAUCAGGAAGCUAUCGGAAGAAAGCAAUGUCUUGGUACAGGAAGUGGGCCAGUUACAUGCUGACCUGAAGGAGGGUGACGUUUCCUUCCUCAAGAAACACAAAAACCGGAAACGCAGAAUUGCCUGGACAGUAGAACAGCCAGAAGCAAUUCCACCAGGGACUCUGAUAGAAGUCACCAAGUAUUUGGAUUCUUUGCAGUAUAAUGUAUGGAAGAAGAUGCUGAAUAUCAUCAAAGUUGUCCCGUUCAGCUUUGAUCCCAAUACAGCUGAGAGUUGGCUGGAAGUUUCGGAUGACCUCACCAGCAUUAACACCUGCAACUACAAGCUGGUGGUGGAAGUCCCUGAACGCUUCUCCAUGGGUAUGCCAUGUGUUCUGGGCUCCAAGAGCUACUCCAAAGGGACUCACAUUUGGGAGGUCGAUAUUGGCAGCAUUGAGUACUGGUACAUUGGGGUGGCCAGUAAAUCCUGUGGCCACUAUUGGAGCUUUGGCUGCGAUUCCCGAUUGGGGCUUGGCUACAUGUACCGCAUGCAGGGUACCAAGAGCAAGAAAAGCCAGUCCUUCCAGGCCGUCCUGUCAGAGACUGGGCGCAGGAAGAACCUCAAGAGAGUGCGAGUGGAGCUGGACUGUGACGAAGGGGAGCUCUCGUUCUACGACACUGAGCAGAAGAGCCACAUCUACACGUUCCAUGACAAGUUUGGAGAAGUCUUUCCAUACUUCUGCAUCUGCAGCGUACAUGCCGGGUCACCACCUGAGCCAUUCAAGAUCUGCCCGCUUCAGAUUCAUAUCAAGAAAGACUAUCCAAACUGAGCUUGUGUUCGGUUUGUCCCUCCCUGCGCACCCACACAUCCUUGCAAAAGCUUAUCUAUCCUACCUAACCAACACUGAGGCAGUAAAGAGAACUUAGACUAUUCUUCAAUGUUUAUGUUAUGGAGACAUUCCCAGCAAGGCCAGGAGAAGUGGCUGUCUUAAGCUGCGGUUUUGGGGUUGCCAUUCAGAUUUAAUCCACUCUGGAAGUUCUACACAAUCCUCCUUGUGAACAGAAAAGGGCGCAAGAGCAGCUUGCUAAGGAGAAACCUCUUUAUGUGCAGAUAAA